UAGCUGAAUGGGGUGAAAAUUGAAACUGUUUUUUGUUGUAGUAGAAAGGAUAAGGUGACGAUAAAUUGGGAAAACGGUGGUGUGAGUGAGAGUGUGAAGCUUGAAAGUGGUUACAAUGUUAGCUUCUUCGCUCUCCUUCUUUCAUUCUCGUGCUUCCUCUUCCUCUUCCCUAUUGACAAUUUCAACGCCAAAUCCCAAACCCUCUCUUUUGUUACCAUUUGUUGUUGAAGCCAAUUCCAGAACCCGAAGAGAAGACAGGACUGCACGCCACGUUCGUAUCAGGAAGAAGGUUGAAGGGACACCUGAAAGACCAAGAUUGUCUGUUUAUAGAUCCAACAAGCAUCUUUCUGUCCAGGUGAUAGAUGACACCAAGAUGCACACUCUUGCUUCGGUUUCAACAAUGCAAAAGAUAAUUGCUGAAGAGUUUAACUAUACCUCUGGCCCAACAAUUGAAGUAGCAAAGAGGGUGGGUGAGAUCAUUGCAAAGUCCUGUUUGGAGAAAGGGAUCACAAAGGUGGCCUUUGACCGAGGUGGAUUUCCAUACCAUGGUCGUGUUCAAGCACUUGCUGAUGCAGCCCGUGAACAUGGCCUAGAGUUCUAAAAUUUGUUAAGAGUCUUUUUGUAAUGACAUUUUCUCUUUCCUGUGUAACAGCCCGUGAACGUGUUCAAUAACAGUCUCCUUUGUAUUUCACGUUUAAAUUUGUAACCCGGGGAUUCAACAAUUCUUUUUAAUGACAUUUUCUCUUUUCCAACAACUUCGUUGCAAUCUAAUUGCUCCUUU